GCAAGGCCAUUGGGCGAAACCUCUCAUGAGUCAGUCGCCGCCACGAGUCCGCAAGGGGCGCGCACCGGCGGACGAGGACGCGGCGAACGAGACGCUGCCGCUCCUGCACUACGACCCGCUCGAGCCGACGAAGCCGCUGUACUCGGUCGCCGUGCGCAUCGACCACCCGGCAGAGGAGAAGUGGAUCGAAGAUGCGUCGCCGACCAAGCUGGGCAUUGCCGACGUGCGCGUCAUGGACUGGGACCACGCCAACACGGUAUCCGUGGCCACCAAUCGCCGGACCUCGAUGCGCAAGACGUCCAACUUUAGCGACAGCGCGGGCGCCGAGGACAACGAAGGCUUGAACGUGCUUUUGGAUCCGUACUAUGACGUGACGACCGGCCGCAUGUGCCGCCUCUUUGCCUACUUUACGCACGACAACAACGACCUCGUGACGUACGACGCCUUUCACCACGGGCUCCUCGCGCUCGGCAUUGUGUGCCCCGACGGCGCCGACUUUGAUGCGUUCGUGCGCAAGGUCGACUCGAAUGCAGAUUUGCACAUUUCGUUUCCCGAGUUUGUCCGCGUCGUGCAGAUGGUCAAGCUCGCGCACCUCUUCAAGCCCGAGUACGUGCUCCAGGCGCGCGCACUUCAAAGCGUCUUUCGCGUCGUCGACUACUCGGCAUUGACCAUCCACACAGUGGACCCUGUCCGGAAGCUCGAGAGCUUCAUGUUCUCGUCGAAACCCACGUGGGCCAAGGUGCGCUGGGUGCACAUGGCCGGCAUCAGCGAUCUCAACGACCUGCACCUGCGCCGGCUCGCGAUCAAGUACCAGCUCCACCCGCUCGCUGUCGAAGACUGCCUCAAGAAGAGCGACAGCAUUCGGUGCAAGUACGAGCAUUAUGAAGACCACUCGUUUCUCGUGGUGCCGGUGACGCGCCCCGUCGACGACGCCAAGGCGUGUCUCAUCCAAAAUUACAUUCAAAAGCACCGCAACUUGCUCUUUGAACGCGACCAAGCGCUAGCCGAUGGCAACGAAGAGUAUGCGGACGAUGAUGACUACGCGUCACAGACGCCCGAGACGCUCCACGGCAUGCUCAAGAACCUCCGCUGCCUCAUGCGCAAGCCGCAGCAGCUCUGCAUCUUCAUGGCGCGCGAUGAGAACGUGCUGAGCGUCCAGGAGGACGCCGACAUGGACGACGCUGCGUUCCAGCUCUGGAGCGCGAUCUACGACGACAACAUGGGCAAGUCAUACUCGAAGCUGCGCAACCACAACGCGCACUUUCUUGUGAUUUCGAUUUUGAACGCCAUCGUCGACGAAAUGCGGCCACUCAUCCAAGUGUUUGAAGUCAAAGUCGCUGUCCUGGAGGCCCUGCAAGGGCUCGAGGGCACGAAGUUCGACACGAAGCUCGUGUCGCACGCCAAGAAGCAGCUUCUUGCACUGGACAAGCUCAUUCGCCCGUUCUUGGACCUUGUCGACGGCCCAAUGAGCGACCAGCCCGAGUUUCAAACGGGCGAAGUCCGCAAUUACGUGCGCGACGUGAAAGACCAUCUCAAGCAAAUGGCGAGCGACGUCAAGGAAUACCAAGUCGCGCUCGGCACGAUCCUUACGGACGACCAGUACACGCGCGCUAAAGCACAGGCGGAUGUGUCGUACACCAUUUCGGUGGUCGCAGCGCUCUUCCUGCCCGGCACGUUCAUGACGGGUCUCUACGGCAUGAACUUUGACAACAUGCCCGAGCUCCACACGCAGAACGGAUACUACGUCUGGUGGUUUGUCUUUGUGUGCAUUUGCAUCAGCAUGAUCUCGUACCUUCGCUUCUACCGCGGAUGGAUCUAAGGAUUUCAUUCUCGUCUUUUGUUCAUAUGACAAAUGUGUUGAGUGUCCG